AUUGUAGUCAAAGUAUACUUGUCUAUAAUGGUCAAACCGGUACUCGGUAACUUAUCACCUACCAGGCGGCAGGCAUAACUGCAUAUAUUAUAUAAGAUUAAAAGAACGCCAAGUGUCCAAGUACAGUCUGAACUCCAAAGUCCGGAUUACGCACUACGACUACGCAGUCGCUAUUAACACUAUUCUACAUACCUAUUUACAGUUCAACGUUUGACUUUGAAAGAUAAUCAAUCAUUGGUUGUUGUCCAUAGAUAAAAUUCACUUUUUUACGUGCAGUUCAUUAGACUAUUAGAGGUUAUUAUAAAAGUGAUUUUUCUUGAAAUUUUUACAAUUUCUCCAUCAAGUUAACGUUUUAAAACUAAUAUAGCUAGUAUUAUAUUAUAUAUUUCAAAAUGGCAAUUUUUAUAAGAUCUUCAAUGUCUAAAUCAAAGUUAAUUUUUUCGCUGACGAAAAUUAUUACACCUGUAACUUCAAUGAAGCUAUCCACAUGUAACUUGGAGUAUAUUAUUACUGAGAAAGUUGGCGAGAAACAAAAUGUUGGCCUUGUCAAACUCAAUAGACCCAAAGCAUUGAAUGCUUUAUGUGAUGGUUUAGUCACAGAAUUGACUGAAGCAGUAUCUGCCUAUGAUGCCGAUGAUUCAAUCGGCGCUAUUGUUGUUACUGGUAGUGAACGUGCUUUUGCAGCUGGUGCUGAUAUUAAAGAAAUGCUUGAUAAGACUUAUUCAACUAAUCUAAAAACUGGUUUACUCAAACAAUGGGAUAAUCUAAGUAAAUGCAAGAAACCAGUUAUUGCUGCUGUAAAUGGUUUUGCUCUGGGUGGCGGAUGUGAAUUAGCAAUGAUGUGUGAUAUAAUAUAUGCUGGAGAAAAAGCUAAAUUUGGCCAACCCGAGAUUGCAAUUGGAACCAUUCCUGGAGCUGGCGGUACUCAGCGUAUGAUUCGUUCUUGUGGUAAAAGCUUUGCAAUGGAAGUAUGUUUAUCUGGAAACCAGAUUUCUGCCCAGGAAGCUUUAACUAGAGGAUUAGUUAGUAAAGUGUUCCCACCAGAAAAGUUGGUUGAUGAGGCUAUUAAAUUAGCUGAAAAAAUUAGUGAACAUUCACCUUUAAUAGUCGCAUUGUGUAAAGAAUCUGUAAAUUACGCAUAUGAGUCAAGUUUAAGUCAAGGUUUACAAUUCGAAAAGAAGUCGUUCUAUGGAACUUUUGCAACUGAUGACCGAAAGGAAGGAAUGACUGCAUUCACUGAAAAAAGAAAACCAAACUUUUCUAACAAUUAAUAAUAAAUGUAACUCUAUUGUAUAGUUUUGUAUGCAAUUAUUGUUCACGUUUAAAUUUUAAUAUAUUGUUAAUUUUUUAUACAAAAUAUAUUUUCUAUCUUUA